AUGACGUUCUUCUGGAGGCGAGUCCUCGAUCAAAAGUUCGCUCAAGCCGUCAGAAACGCGUGGCUCCUGUUCUUCGAGUGGGCCGGGGUGCUAGCCACGCAGUGUACCGCGGCGUUGGAGGCGGCGACACGAGCCGGGCGUGUGGGUAAUGCCGGGGACGCCGGGGAAGCCGGAGAGGGAGGGGCGGCGGCGGGCAGUUGCGACCUCACGGUGGCAGAGCUCCAAGAAUUUCAAUGCCUAGUCGAGAAGGCUAUUAAGAUGGAGCGUAUUGACUGGGACCGUAGGUUCGCGAAUCUCCUCAUGUCCUUGUGUAACGUGGGUCACGGUGGGAAGGGGGCAAGGCGCACGACGACAGUGGAGUCGUACCGCGUGAAAGGCGCACGCGGUCAGCAUGUAUGCUAUGGGGGGGCUUGCAAAAAGACGGCCGAGAGAACGUACAAGCCAAUCAAUNAUGCCGGGGACGCCGGGGAAGCCGGAGAGGGAGGGGCGGCGGCGGGCAGUUGCGACCUCACGGUGGCAGAGCUCCAAGAAUUUCAAUGCCUAGUCGAGAAGGCUAUUAAGAUGGAGCGUAUUGACUGGGACCGUAGUAAAGUACCGGAAGCGCAUGUUGCCGCUAAAAAGUGGGCCGCAGAGAGAACGUACAAGCCAAUCAAUUGGUUUGGAUCGCCGCCCGAGUAAUUCAUUGUGAUUAUGUGUGUCCCAGGCAAGUGUUUUGAAGUGCCAGAAAAUGCGUCGCCGCCACCGUCAGAAGACUAUCGGGGGGGGUCCAUACAAGUUAGUCGACAAGCAGGCCUGUUGCAACGACCUUCUGUCUGUAGCUUGACUAGGUGAUAGUUGAAUCGGAGUUGUCAUUGUCAUUGUUUGCAUGCUACGGUGUCAAGAUGCCGCCCGGUGCGGCGGUUGGUAUGCACUCGAAAGACGCAGAGAAUAGUAGGAGGCAGGAGGGAUUUCUUCAUGGGUACCUCGUACAACCCCCUGCUCUUAUUUCGCUACUCGGGUGCCAGGGUUAGGGUUGGUCUGGCAUGCGUUAGCAAUGUCAGCGUUCCGGGUUGGAAUGGAAGCGUAGGUUCAUGUGCCAACAGGCGGGCGAGUGCCCUGCGCCAAUGGAAGAAGUCUUGCGCAUGCAAAAAAUGCGGAAAGGUGUUACGACUCAUGUAUAUCGUAAAUUGAACAACACGCAUACACUCAUGCUUUUAUUGGUACCGCGGACACUCUGUUUGUCAGGUGCCGUUCCCUAUCAUGGUGGCAAGAGCGAAGAGGCACGUGUCGUGUAAUGCCUGUUGAAAUGUUGUUUGGGCACAAUC